AUGGGGCUCAACCUGUCGGGCCUGUCCCUGGAGAAAAUAUGCUUCCGCGACUGCAACCUCUCCGGUGCCGUCCUCUUUGAACUUGUCCGGUGGUUGCGCUACCUUAUGACCCUGACUGAGUCCUCGUCGAUUUUCAUGGGUGGU